AUGUCUAAAUAGUAAAAUCUUCUGUAUAAUUUCAAUGAGAUGACUCCAGCCCAACAAACUAUGUUUCUGAAAGCCAAAACAGAGCUUGGGCAGAAUUAGAAAAUAAAAAGAGGAGGAAGAAUACAAAAGAUUAAUUCUCUUGACAAAUUCCUAGACAUAAAAUCCUUAAACUUAAAAGUGAAUCUAGAGAAGAUUUCUAGUGAUUCCGAGUCAUCUGACUCUUUAUAAUCUGAGAAUGAAUUUCAAAAAGAAGAGGCGCAAUUUCAGUAGAAAGUUGAAGAGAAACCCAUCAUUGUAGAACCCAAUAAUGAGCAAUUAGACACUUACUUUAAAUUGAUCCAAAAUGCACAACUUAAAAGAGAUCAAAUUUACUACCUUUUGAUGAAGCAUUAUUGUGAUAAUGUUAUUGAAGGAACUUUUGUUAAAAUCAAUGAACCCAAUCUCUUCAGAAGAAAAGAAUAGAGUUAUGCAAUUGCUUAGGUAUUGGCUGUUGUUGAAGGAGAGAAAUCCUAUCAAUUAGAAUAGACUCAAACCUAUAAAUUGCUUAAAUUAUAAUUUGGAUAAGUAAAAGAAACUAAAUUUAGGCAUAUUACUCUUAUUUCAAAUCAAUAAAUUCCAAAACAAGAGUUUGUUGUAUGA